AUGGGUAGAGCAAAGAAAACAAGAAAAUUCGCGCAGGUGAAACGGAUCCUAGGCCAACACGACAGUCGGCUCCAAGCAAAAUUGGCCAGCAAGCAGUCCUCCCGGAAAGGAGACGAGAAGAGCACCGUGCGACACAUACCGCAGGCACCAUCUGCGCUUUUCUUCCAAGCAAACCAAGCUCUUGGUCCUCCGUACCACAUCAUACUCGAUACGAACUUCUUUUCACACACUGUCCGUUCCAAGAUCGACAUCCUGACUGGCUUGAUGGAUUCGCUGCUCGCCAAGUGCAUUCCUAUCGUUACGGAGUGCACGAUCGCCGAGCUUGAGAAGCUGGGCGAUAAAUAUCGUCUGGCACUUCGCCUAGCAAAGGAUGAACGAUGGCAGAGACUAAAGUGCUCGCAUUCCGGAACAUAUGCAGAUGAUUGCAUUGUUUCCACCGUCAUGGCGCAUCGCUGUUACUUGGUGGGCACGAAUGAUAAGGAGCUACGACGGCGCUUGAGGAAGAUACCUGGCGUCCCUCUUAUUGCGGUUGGGAGGGGGAAAUACGUUGUAGAGAGAUUACCUGAUACAAUGGGAUGA